AUGACCCCAUCGUUCGGAAAAAAUCUGAGUAAGUGUGAAGAUAAAUAUAUAUAUUUAUAUAUAAUCAUGAAAAGUUGUCUGUAAUGUUUUGUACCAUUGCUCAAGGGGAAUUCACUUUUAAAGAACUAUUUUGAUUAACAACAGUCAUUAAUAUAUAACAUACAUUAAUGUCUUUCUCUGUAAGAAAUUAUUUAAGAUUGCAUUGAGCAAUCAGCUAAUGUCGCCUUUUGCAUAUUCCCUCCAUAGACACCACUCUUAGCAGGAAGAGGAAAAGGAUUGACACUGAUGAUGUCUCGCCCAGCACAAAGAUCAGGGCUGAAGAAUAUGUGUCCAACUCCACCUCUUCCUGUGACCGCCAGGGGAGAUUUAGUAUGAGAAAGAGGAGUAGAAGCCCUCCAAACCCUACAAGCAGCCAAGGGCCUGCAGAGGAUAUCAGGGUUCGUGCUUCCAAGAGAAAGGCCAGUGAUGAAGGUGACGCCCCUGAAAAGAAGAGGUGCAGCUGUAGUGAGACCAGCGGUUAUUACAGCGGUUAUUACAGCAGUUAUUACAGCACCCUCCAGUCGUCCAGCGCUGGCAUAAAGAAGAAUGUGAAGGAAGAAAAGGGCAGAAUAUGGCCUUGGCGGGACUUAGGCACCGUCUCAGCUGAGGAGGAGGAAAUCUGCAGGAGAUCCUCCUCAGGAAACAAGAGCAGAAGUAAGCUGAGAGAAACUGAGACAAUCACAUCAUUGAACAUUAAACUGUUUAAUUAUAAGAAUUAUCAUAUAUAUUUAUAGAAGAUAUGUAAACUCAGAGGCUAAUGUCUUUAUACAUUUUCUAGCUGAAUUCCAGAACACGUACACAGAGCUUGAGCCCCUUGGCAGUGGAGGCUUUGGAACGGUGUUUAGAGGCCGCCGUCGAUCAGACUCAUUACCAGUAAGUAAGACAAACACAAGAUAAAGUUGCAUUUAGCCAUUCUCUAACCCUCAGAAAUGACAAACCAAGUCACUUGUACCUUUUGUGUUGCAGGUUGCCAUCAAACAUAUUCCAAGAAAGGCUGUUAAGUUUGAACAUGUGGUAAGUAAUCUAAUCAUGUUAAAAAAAAAAAAAGAUGUAAUGUUUAAUUCUUAUAUCUCUCCUCUGCCAAAGAUGCAAUGCUCAUUUUAAAACUCUGCCUCUGUUGUUACUUUAACUUGCAUUUCCCACAUCUGUCUGAACUGAUAGCGAGUCAUCACAUGUGUUUUUCUCUAGAUAUGCAACGAUAAGGUGUUUGACAUCAUCCUGGAGGUGGCAUUCAUGCUUAAGACCACAGGUCUGACGGGGGUCAUUGGACAGUCCUCAUCUAUUUCUCUUCUGGACUGGUACACCCUGGAUGAUGAACUGAUAUUGGUCAUGGAGAGACCCGUCCCCUGCGUGGACCUCAAGAAGUAUGUCAGAGACUGUGGAGGUCUGGAUGAACAAGAAGCAAAGGUAUGAAAAGGAUGACUUUGUGUUUAUGUCAGUUAGCUUAUUUCUUGGGUCAAACCACUGCUACUUGGGAGGUGGUGCUGUUAGCUAAAUGAUAAAAGGCAGCUAGGAAAUCAGCUCUGUAAAUAAGGAACUUGCUAACGCCAGUUGACAAACUAGCUAGCUUGAUUAACAUCAGGAAAAAUUCUCAAAGUUUCAAAUGUAACUGCAUUAAUAAUUUGUACACCAUCAUAUUUGGGAAGGUUUUAGUUAGAAUUAGCUUAUAUCUGAAAAAAUAAAAUGGACAUUACAACACAAGUUAGGUUGCAAAUGAGCAUUCUUUAUCAGCAUUCCCACUCUCUGAACUCUGUGUGCCUUAAAGGGCCUGUAUCUGGGAAACAGCAUCAAAAUAAUGGUUAGUUUUACAUUAGCUGGAUUUGAAUUCAUACAGAUUAGCUUUGUUUAAAUUUGUCUCAUUAAAAGAAUUCAGUAAACAUCAGGGUCCAAUUGGAGUAACUCUUCUGCAAAAUGUUUUAAGUGAAUCUGCUUAACAUGAAAAUCUGUGCUUAAAAAAUACAAUACUUGUCCCUCUUAUUCCAGAUGAUUUUCAAGCAGAUGGUGGACGCAGCCAUUGACACUCACGCCAAGGGUGUCUUUCAUCGAGACAUCAAAUUAGAAAAUGUCCUGGUGCAGUUUAAAGCCGGUGAAUUAAGAGUGCGGCUCAUUGACUUUGGCUGCGGCAGCUUCUCCGAUGAGAAAUCUUAUAAUUCCUUUCGUGGUAUGAUAUCCAAUCUCUGCUCUUGCCUUUUCACUCAAUAUCUGAAUCAUAGACUGUAAAGAUGUAAAGACUUAAAGCUUGAUGACUCCAUAGUUGCCCAAAAAGUAAUUCCCAAAUAUUAGGAGCUUCUCCUACUGACUGACUGCAGUACAGGUCAUUCAUCAACAAAAAGUUUGUAGGUCUAAGUAUAAAAUAAGAAGGCUCGCAAUGUGCAAGAUGUCAGCAACAAUCACAAAGAGAGAUUUUGGAUUCAAUAUACUGUAGCUUGGAGACAUGGAGUCAUAUCAUCCAUCUUUAUAUGCAGUUGAUUAUGUGAAAUGAUGACAUUGAUGUGUAAAUAACAUCGCAUCACCUUUUCAAUUAUAUCACUGUCUUCUGUUUCUCUGUAGGCACCGUUAUCUAUUCUCCACCAGAGUGUUUUGAUUGUGGAAUGUACAAGGCCCAUCCUACCACUGUAUGGCAGCUAGGAGCACUCCUCUUUUCUUUAAUACGUGGUCACAAACGGUUCAACACUUUGUCCUACCUUAUCAACGACAUUCAGAUUAACAGUGACCUUUCUAAAGGUAAGACUCCCACACAAAUACAUACACCCUUAACACAUAAUUUUUAAUGAAUCAAAUAUUUUCCUCUGAUUUGUAGUUUCAUUGGAUCAAGAAAAACUGUCCACUCUAACCUUUCCCCUCUGUUGCUUUGUAGAUGUCAAGACUUUGCUGUACAUGUGUCUGAGGAGAGACCCACUGAAGCGUGCCACUCUUGAGGAGCUAAAGCAACAUCCAGCCCUCAAACAAGCCCUCAAUCAACCUAUCUAA